GUUCGAAUCUCUAAGGUGACGAAUUUUUGAUUUACGUUUCUACCGUUACAUACCUCGGUUAUCAACGCGUUCGCCGUUAGCGGCAUUACCUAUUUUGUUUCUGUCCAUCAUGAGCUCAGCUAAGUACGCGAAUCUUCCAGAUAUCGACACAGCGCCCGAUGUGUACGAAACGGAGGAUGUACCCACAUUGGAACAAGGGAAUAAAGGCGAUGGUAGUGACGAGGAAAGGGAACGGCCGCGUAAACACGGGGAGGUUGGGAACGGGGAGGAGCUGGAUUCAAGCAGCCUGAUUGCAAUGGAUGCCGCGAGCUCAAGGUUCAGAAAGGCUGAACAGAGGAGAGAACGACUGCGAACUACGUAUGAAGACGACGACGAACCCGCGAAGCUGACUCUGAGCCAUAGGCUCCAAGCCCUACAGAUUGAGCUCGGUGCGUUGGAGGCUGAAAUGGCCGAUCCUACAAAUCCUCAAGUGAGCAAGGAAAAGGAUCCUGGAGAGCUCAUACGUGGUAUCGUUGACGUUCGGGACCGACUUGAACAUAUCAGGAAGGGGAAGGAAGGAAGGGGGCGGUUAGUAGGUGUCAUGCUCGAAGACCAUGGCUUCAAGGAAAACCAAGAAAAGGAUACCGACAUUGACGAGAAGGGUGCCUCUGAAAAGCAGCCGUCUCUUGGACUCGUCGAGAUGGACGAAAGGGUCGGGCAGCUCGAAAAGCUCGUCGGCUCGUCGACGACUGCACUCGAUGAACUCAGCCCGUUGCCUCCUCCACUGGUCCCUCUCAUUACGCGUCUCAAUACGCAACUCACGCUCUUAACGCAGCCCAGACAUAUUGAUUCCAUCUCGCGCCGACUUAAACUUCUUCUAUCCGACUUGGACCGGACUGCAGCUCAUUCACAUCGACGACAGGGUUCUCAGCCAAACGCAGCAACGACGUCUACCGCUGAGCAGUUGCUACCCCUUUUGAAUAGACUGGGGUCAAGUCUUCCUCAGAUUCCUCACGUUUUGGCCAGACUGAGGACAUUGUCUGGAUUACAUGCCGCUGCUGGUGAGUUUGAAGCGACCUUGAAGGGGUUGGAGGAAGAACAGCGUCAGAUAAAGGAGGGUCUUGCUGAACUUGAGGGUGCCCUUGAGGGCGUGGAGAAGAGUCUGGAAGAAAAUAGAGGAGUUGUAAAAGGAAAUGUCGAGGGUUUGGAGGAUCGAAUGAACAGAUUGUUCAAACGCCUGGAUGAAAUCCAAGCAUGACAGAACUUUGACCGGGACCCCAGUAUUUUAUUGUCAUCUUGACAUUUUUAGUGUUUCUUCUUGUCCUCUUUACGAUCUCAAUCUUGAGCCACCUUGCAUUGUUCGCUCCUUUGGUCCAUAAAUGAUCCGUCAAUUAUUUAAAUCGUAGAUGGGCGC